AUGGAGUUCGAAAAGCGAAAAUCAUCAACAUUAGCUUCAUUGAACUCCACAGAAUCCGAUAAAUCACCAAAAGGUUCAUUAGAUACACCAAUUAUCCCUCUCAUCAACACUCUCAAUCAAAACCCUAAUUACUUCACCACAAGCUCUUGCUCCGGUAGAAUUUCCAUCCUCUCUCAACCCCUCUCUCCAAUUCCGUCUCUCCAAACAAAGAAAAAAGCGAAAGGUGGAACCUGGCUCUUCGUUUCUCACCACCCCGCCGAACCUGACUCGCUCGUUUCACUUCUCUUCUCAUCCGAGUCAACUAACUCCCCUAAUUCCCCUAUUUCCGAACUCGUUUUCAGAUUUGAACCUCUCAUAAUCGCGAUUGAGUGCAAAGAUCUUUCUUCUGCUCAUUCGUUAGUUUCUCUUGCGAUUUCUUCUGGUUUCAGAGAAUCUGGGAUUACUAAUGCUAACAAACGUGUAAUUAUUGCGAUUCGUUGUUCGAUACGCAUGGAAGUUCCUUUGGGUGAUACGGAUAAGAUUAUGGUUACGCCUGAGUAUGUUUGUUUCCUUGUUCAAGUUGCGAAUGAAAAAAUGGAAGCGAAUAGGAAUAGAACUGAGAGGUUUCUUCGAUUGUUGCAGUCUAAUGGAUCAAUGCCUAAGGAUAACAGUAACUGUUUGUUGCCAACGAAUGGUGUAGAGCUUGUUUGCAAUCAUAUUCAAUUCGAAAAUGAAUCUCAGUUAACAAACGGGAAUGCUUCCGAAGCUUCUUCAGGGUAUUUGGGUUCUCCUGGGUUUAACUUGCCAAUUGCCCAUAUUGAAAUUGUUGGUGAACCGGUGGAAAAACUUUUUCUAUGGGGUCACUCUGCUUGUGCUUUGGAUAAUGUCAAACACAAGAAAGUCAUUGUAUAUGGUGGCUUUGGAGGGCUGGGGAGACAUGCUAGAAGAAAUGAUUUGUUACUGCUUGAUCCAUAUUCUGGCAAUCUUGAAACAAUUGACACUUUUGGGAGUGUCUGUCCAUCUCCGCGGUUAGGCCAUACAGCUUCCUUGGUUGGAGAUUCAAUGUUUGUGAUUGGAGGUCGAACCGGUCCUGAUAAAAUUCUGAGUGACGUAUGGAGCCUUGAUACAACUAAGAAUUCUUGGAAGCUGCUGCAAUGUGGUGGCAGUGUCUUUCCUCCCAGGCAUCGCCAUGCUGCAGCUGUAAUGGGGUCAGACAUUUAUGUAUUUGGAGGGCUUGAUGAUGAUGUUAUCUUUCCCUCCUUUUAUGUUCUUAACACAAUUAGUUUACAAUGGAAAGAAAUUCCAGUAUCUGGGGACUGGCCAUAUGCACGUCAUUCUCAUGCAAUGGUAGCAUCUGACUCUCAGAUUUUUAUGUUUGGAGGAUAUGAUGGCCGGAAAGCACUUGGGGAUCUGUAUAGCUUUGAUGUUCAGACGGGUCAGUGGAAGAAGGAAAUAACAGCUGGAAGGAAUCCACAUGCCAGGUUCUCCCACUCGAUUUUUGUCUAUAAGAAUUAUUUUGGAGUUCUUGGUGGGUGUCCAGUAACACAGCAUUAUCAUGAGUUGGCUUUACUUGAUUUGAAGCUUCGUACAUGGAAACAUGUUACCCUUAAUUCUGUUGGGAAAGAUUUAUUUGUGCGUAGUACAUCCAAUGUCGUCGGUGACGAUCUUGUCAUAGUUGGGGGUGGUGCAUCAUGCUAUGCGUUUGGAACCAAGUUCAGUGAGCCAGCAAAAGUCAGCUUGCUCCAUUUAAUUCAUUCACAUGAUGAUUUCAUGCCUUUUGAAAACCAAAGACAGCAUAUGAUUGGCCAAAAUGGAGCGAUGAAAGGGAAUAAGGUUGAAAAUUCACAAGGACUCCUUGAACAUCUACCAAAUAUAUCUGAAAAUGAAAGUUUAUAUUUUAAUGAUAACAUGCCUCACAUCAAUGGUCAAAGUCAGAUGAUUCCGUUGCAUUGUGUUUUGCAACUAGAGAAAAAAUACGCAAAACAGGGUAAGGAUAUAUUGAAGAAAUUUGGAUGGUUAGACUUAGGAAGGAAGGCAUACUCUGAAGAGGGUGGUGUACAUAUAUGUUUUCCUAUCUGUAAAGAGCUUUUUGCUGUAUUUCAUGAAAGGAGUUGUCAUUCAGGAGAUGAUGCAAUUGACCUGGAAAAUGAAAUUCCACUUUCAAAACCACUUACACAAGAUGGGUACUUGUUAAAUAAGCUGUCAUGCUCUGAAGCAUUGACUCUUCUCCAUGAAUAUGGUGCUAUUCUGCUGGAAGAUAAGGUUGUUGAAACAAAAAAAGCUGCAAUGUCUCCUUUGAAAGUAAUGACUGAAGCAGUAACAUCUUUGAUUGAGAAAAAAGGCCUACCGACUGAGCUUCUAGAUGAACUGCCAGCAAGGUGGGAUCGGAUUGGUGAUAUUGUUAUACUUCCAACUACUUCAUUCAAGAAUAUAUUGUGGAACUCUAUUGCAGAUGAGCUCUGGCUAAUUGUUGCCAAAUCACUCAAGGCUCAUCGCCUUGCUCGCCAAGGCCCAAUUGCUGCAACUGGUACAAGAGAUAGUACAUUAGAGAUUCUUGUUGGAGAUGAUGGUUGGGUCAACCAUCGAGAAAAUGGAAUACUCUAUUCUUUUGAUGCUACAAAAUGCAUGUUCUCAUGGGGUAAUCUUUCUGAGAAGCUCCGGAUGGCCAAGUUGAAUUGCAAAAAUGAGGUUAUAGUAGAUCUGUUUGCGGGCAUUGGCUACUUUGUGCUACCUUUUCUUGUCAGGGCCCAGGCAAAACUUGUAUAUGCAUGUGAGUGGAAUCCUCAUGCUAUUGAAGCACUCCGACAUAAUCUACAAUCAAAUUCUGUGGCUGACCGUUGUAUCCUGCUUGAAGGAGAUAAUCGAAAUACAGCUCCUAAGGGUGUGGCUGAUAGAGUCUGUCUUGGUCUCAUUCCAUCUAGUGAAUGCAGCUGGGUCACAGCUGUGAGGGCUUUAAGGAGAGAAGGUGGAGUAUUACAUGUUCAUGGAAAUACGAAAGACUCAGAAGAGUGUCAGUGGGCUGAUCAUGUAUCGAAGUCAAUAUCUGAAAUUGCUAGAUCUGAAGGAUAUUAUUGGGAGGUUUCUAUAGAGCAUGUUGAAAGGGUUAAGUGGUAUGCUCCACACAUUCGCCACGUUGUUGCAGAUGUAAGAUGCAGACAGAUCCAGAGGUAG